AACUGCGCCGUCGUGUCCGGUCCUUCGGCCGUUCUCUUUCAUGAAACUCGUGCGUCUCUGAACACACUGGUUUGGCCGCGCACAGAUUCUGAUUGCGGAAGAGCAAGGUCUCUAGUGCAAUUGUUUCACCGUCGCCGAGGUCAAAUUCUGUUUCCGUGUCCAAGGAUAGUGACAUUUAUUGUAAGAAUUAGGCUUCGUUUUAUGUUUGAAGCAGAGGAUAUUCGGAUCGUCGUCAGGAUUCUGAGGGUUUCUACAAAAAGCUGGUGUGAUGGAACAAGUGUUCUUUCAUGAAUCUUCACGAGUAGAAUAUUGAGCAGGAUGUUUGGCCGAAAAAUUGACCUGGACUAUUCUCCUGAACCUGAGGUUUCUUAAAUAGCUACUUAUCAAAGAAAUGUUGUGAACAGACGCCUGAGCUUGGUUGUAACCCCAUAUGUUGGCGGUUAAGCCUCUACAGGCCUACAAAGGAAUAUAAGCUGGAAGAUGAUACAGGAGUCGUGUCUUUAGGCUUUCAGAGAAUGGAAAGUAGAAACCUUUGGAAGAGGGUGCAUUCCAGGAGUACUGGUGAAGAUGUGCUGAAUGCUAUGUGCUCUCAUUCAUAUGCAAGGAUCGCUCCUUCGUCGCCAAAACUGAAGUUAACGAGCACAGAGACCUGAAGUUAGAGAGCAAACAUUACAGCAUGAAUAUUGUUGCUUCCUUGCGUUUGUGGAUCAUACCAAGAGUUAUCUAUAGCAUCAUCCAGUGAGAUAUUGUUCUCAUAUGCUAUCACUAUGAUAGUUGGUUUGGGGAGAUUAUGCUCUGAAACAAGUUUAGUCAGUCAUGUUGAAUGUACGCCGCGGAAAGAGGUGAAGGAGUAGUUGGUGUUAUCAAUUUCAGUGAGUAUCAAAUAUUUUUUGUGAUAGUGUGAUCCUUACAAGGAAGUUCGGGUUCCUGUCCAUGUGAUUCUGGACUUUUGAUAUGUGGGGUCUUACAUAAGGACAGAAAGCUUCGUGACAGCCUUGUUAGAAACUUACGGAUUAUGCAAAGCACAGUGACAGUAUAGAGUUGUAAUUUGCAAGUGAGCAUCAUCGAAGAACAUGAGAAAAAAGGCAAGGACAGCGAAAGCCAAGAGCAAAGAUGAAUUUCAGGGUGCAAGAGCAAGCACUAGCAAUGACCUCUGCAGAUAUUGCACCAUGGACCCUAAGAUAUGGUCUUUGUUGCCCGAAGAUCUUACGAAUAGAGUUUUGGCCUGGCUGCCUAUACCCUCACUCUUCCAAGCGCGUUCAGUCUGCCAGCGCUGGAGUUCCACUAUCGUUUCUUCAGCUUUCUUGAGCAUGCAUUCUGAGAUCCUCUGCCAGCACUCUCCAUUCUUACUGUUCCCUUCUAUUGGAGAUUCCUUAUUGUACGCCGCUUUCGACCCAUCCGGGAGGAAAUGGCAGCCUAUGCCGCCAAUGUCCUUUCUUCCUUCCGAGGUGAAGUUCGUUGAGGGAGUCGCCGGCGGACUGGUAUUUUUCAGCGUGGAGGCGCAUUUUCAGCCAGUGAAGCUCUUCGUUUGCAACCCUCUUACCAGGAGUUGGCGACAACUGCCAGAGAUGUCCUACAGGCGCACUCCAAUAAUUCGUCACAUGGUGGUGGAUGAGGCAACAAAGACUUAUAAGAUUGUAGUCUCUGGAAAUGCCGAUGUCUAUUCCACCCGGGAUGGUUACAGCAGGUACUUGAACACUGAGGUGUACGAUUCUGUAACUGGUCUGUGGACCGAGACUGGCAGCAUGCCUUCACGAUUUGAUCCAGGGUGGAGUUCAGCUGAUUGCAAUGGUGUCCUGUACUGUAUGGUGAAUGAAGCUGAGGCGGUGAACCACAGUUUGGGAGUCAUCACCUACAACAUGAAGGAUGGUCAGUGGAGUGAUCAUUUUCAACAGCUUCCUGAGGGUUUCUCACUUGCACAAGUGGUGGAGUGCGGAGGGCAAGUUCUGAUGGUAGCUGAGCGCUACUUCAAUGGCAGCGUGAAAAAUAUUCAUCUUCUGCGGCUUGAGGUCGACACCAAGGAGUGGACAGAGAUAGCAAAGCUUCCGCGGAAAAUGCUUCUGGAAUUUAGGAGGCUAUGUGAGGAGGAAAGCUACAACUGUGCUGCCCAUGAGACUAAGGUUUAUUUGACGAGUUUCAAAGGUAUGCAUGUAUUAGUGUAUGACGUGCUCCAGCGGACUUGGGAAUGGACGCCGAAGUGUCCGUUUUUCUCUGAUCAGGCUGACACCAGGGCUGUGGGUUUCUCGUACUCACCGUCGUUUAGUGUCAUGGUGUAAUGGAAGGUAUGACCUAGUGUUUGAUCAUGCAUAGUGUAAAUAGAAUCCGUAAAUAGUUGCAAAAGUUGAUUACACUUCCAAAAGGUUGCAACAGAGAAUUUCUGUUGUUGCUUGUUGAGCGGAAGGCCCGCAGAAUGAUGGCCCAUUGACUUUCGGUAGUUAUUUUUACCAUUGUUUCAUCUUCCGAACCUGUGUAAUUACAUUUUGAGAUUGUACAGAAGCGAGCAUCUUUGUCGCUGCAAGUUUUUCAAGGCGAUUUUCAAA